CCUCUGAGUGUCUGCGCGCUGCACCUGCGCUGCCACUCCGCGUGCGUCAGAAUAUGGCAACCGAUUCUUAAACCCUUUCUCUCACACAAGUGGCUGCAGACCGGGUCGACGUUUGUAAAGCGUCCUGAGGUUUUCUCCCAGCUUUACACGCGUGUCUUAUCUUAAUUGUGCAGGCGUUUACCGCAAAGCAGCGGCAAAGCAACAGUAAACUUCUGGUGAGAUUUUUUUACGCACAGAUUUCCCAACCUGGAAAAUCAAACGAUUAUUUCUCUGCUUUGCUUCUGCCUCCACCCGCGCGAUUUUCAUUAAAAACUUCAAGUGGCACAAUGCAAGUUUACAUGGCUGUGAUAUUCGCUUAUGGAUUGUCUGCACUCAAUUCCACAGAGGAGAAGGCAACGUGCCCCCUCGGAUAUUUCCCAUGUGGCAACCUGACCGUUUGCCUCCCCCAGCUCCUGCACUGCAACGGCAUCGAUGACUGUGGGAAUCAAGCAGAUGAAGAAAACUGUGGACUGGAGACACCAGGCAGCCGCUUGGCUCUGCUUCUGGUAUUUGCUUAAGUGACACAGUGGAUACGGAUGAAAGGGUCAACUCACUUCCUUUGAAAACACUUUCCAAUAACUUCC